UUCAGACGCAUGCGCAGUGUGUAACGGAACGAGUCAACGGACGAAGUUGGAAACAAGACUGUUUGUCGAUCCAAAUAUAUUUAAAGAAAGAAGCAAUGGAGCCUGUCCCUUCUCUCUCCUCACUUCGCCUGCUGGUUUCUCCUCUGCGCCUCACUUCUGCCGUUAUGUGGCAAGUUGUCAAGGAUCAGAAUGUGGAGCAAUUUGGAAAACUGGAAGAAUUUGUUUCUGUGAUGACAAACCUUGUGCCAGAGCUCUUAAGUAGGAGGCAGAGGGCCACUUUGAUAGUAGGGCUGCGUGCGAAGAUGAUUCUUGAGAUGUGUCGAGGUGAGCUCCCAGCGGACCUUCAUACUGUCAAAUCACACAUUCACCAAAUUCAGACUGCUGAUUUAUUAAAGGUGAGUGACACAGACAUGGAGAGUUUACAAGACAGCGUACUUCAACUUGUCCUGAGCUUGCUAGAAGACUCCAUGAAAAGAGGAUACUUCUUUCAGGAGGUGUUUCCAGUUGAGUACGGUCCUGACUUUGACAAAGCAGACGUUCAGGAACAACCGAAAAAAGAGAGGUCUAACCUCGUUGAACUGCCUGUACCAAACUUCAAACAGCUUUCAUUGUUGCUCAACUGUCACCCUGGGGAGCUAGAUGCAUGUGUGGAUUCGGUUUGUAAAUCACAGAAUUUACUAUCCUUGCUGCAGACAGAUGUGUGUGGGACUUUGGAUAAAAAUGUUCUUCCAUCAAUAGUGGAGGAUCGAAUAGUGUCAUCAUUGUCAUUGCCGCCUGUUGGUGACUCAGUCAUUAUAAACCAGCACAACAAUGAUGGCAAGUUACUGCCUAUUGAUUCUGAAAACCUGCCAAACCAACAACAUGGUGUGGACAAGGAGACUGUGACAGGUGAUCCAAAUGUCCAGGAUGUGGGAUCCAGCUUCAGCAGUGAGUCCGCAGAGUCCUCCAGAGACAGUGAUGGAGAAAAGGAAACAAACUCUAAUGUUGAUGAAUUGCAACGGAGUAACUCAGAAGAUCCAAGUGUACUGUCAUCCACCGAUGAUGCUCAUAAAGGUGAUUUAUGCAUCAAAUGCACAGCCCACUUUAGAUCCCUCAGGACCUUGUACAGGCACAACCGAGUGCACAAAGAGAAAACCACACAUAAGUGCCCUGAAUGUGGACGGCUGUUCACAAGUUUGUCACGGUUAGUCAGUCACCGGCGAACUCACCGGACUCCCACUGUUAAAAGGAACUACACCUGUAAACAAUGCAACGAGACUUUCGGGUCGUACCGAGCCAAUUUAAUCCACCAGAAGAUUCACAAAGUUAAAGAUGUCCGCCCGCCUAAAACGGAACGGCAGCCAGGAAAGUGUCGUUUUUGUGACUUAACAUUCAAUGUUGACAGCGAAUUAAGAAGCCAUCUGAAGACCCAUGCAGAGUUCAGGCCAUAUAUAUGCGACCAGUGUGGGAAGUGCUUUUCGGCGAACAGCAGCCUACUUGCCCACCUCUCAAACCACACGGGUGAGAAACCUCUCCUUUGUUCACAAUGUGGAAAGCGAUUUUACAGCAAAAUCCAAUUAAAAUCCCACAUGAGAUGUCAUUCUGGUGAGCGGCCACACAUCUGUCCAUACUGCGAGAAGCAGUUUUCACUGUCUGGGAAUUUGAAGAUCCACAUCAGAAUUCACACCGGGGAGAAGCCAUACGUUUGCCAUCAGUGCGGAAAGGGUUUUGUCUCCGCCGGAUGCCUGCAGGUGCAUCUACGCUCUCACACAGGAGAGAAGCCGUAUCAAUGUAAAAUCUGUGGCAAGAAAUUUGUGGUUUCGAGUCACCUUACGGCACACAUGUGCUUUCACACCGGAGAGCGUCCACACUGCUGCUUGCAGUGUGGGAAACGGUUCAUCCGGCGUUAUGACUUGGGCAAGCACAUGUACACUCAUAUUGGGAAGAGGCCGUUCCCAUGUCCUCUGUGCCCAAAGGCUUACACGUGUCGUACACACUUAAACAGGCACAUGAAGAGCCACGGUGUUUGACUUGAAUCAUU